AUGGAAGUAAUUAGUGCAAUGGCAUUCAUUGUUAUGUCCUUUUCUCUUAUUCAGCCGAUUGUGGUACCGGAUGCGAUAAUGGUGGAAGCUGCACAGGACCUGGAACAUGCAGCUGCAGAAGUGGUUGGACUGGAACCAAAUGUCAAUCAGGUAAAAUGCGUUGCCUGGGCUUCAGUUACGCAAUUGUACGUUAGGGCAAGCGUCUUUCUAGAGCAUUUAUCAUAGCAUUUCAGAGCAAGUUCCUUUCAUCAUUGACAGGGCCGUCCUCAGGAAAUUCUUCAGGGGGGGUGUAAUUAAAUUCAACCGACUGGUUCAAAAAAUUUCGGUCAGUGUACCAUUUUAGGGGUCCAAAACAAUUUUUCAGGACGUACAAAAUUUUUCCGGAACAUUCAAAAAUUUUUCGCACAUAGCAAAUUUUCAACAUUUUUUAACAUUUUUCCAAAAUUUUUACAUUUUUCCUCAAAAUUUUCCUAAAAUUACCACCACGUUCUUGCCCUUUGCGCCAAAAAUAUUUAACCCAAGUAGCAGUUCUACCGACUGAAUAGCAGUCCUACCGACUGAAUAGCAGUCCUGCCGACUAAAUACAAUUACUGGGGGGGUGUCACACCCCCCCACACCCCCCGUAGCUCCGGGCCUGAUCAUUGAGAGGGUGGAUUUGAUUCGCGCCGCGUAUACAUGACACUCAUAUGAAAAGAAUUAGUUAACGCUCUACCAAUAGUCAUGGGUUUUCUUCGAGUACUCUGGUUCCCCCACAAAGAAUGCUGAAAGGAUGGGUUGGGAUAAUCCCCAAAUAUACCCUUUUAGCGUAGCCUAUCUAUGCUCCGUGGUCAAACGUUGGCGAAAAAGCGGCUACAAGGUAAGUAAAAAGGUGGCUCUGGAACCACCCUAACUUAGAAUUUCUUCGACUUGAUCAGGUUGAGAUGCGUCGUUUGCAAUCCAUCUUAGUUCUCAGCUGCAAGUAAGGAUGAUUAACAAACACUUACCUUGUUAUGGCCGGACAUACAAACGGUUUACAAAAUCUAUUUUUUUUAAUCUUAUUCCAUAAAUCGUAAUUUGUUUAUUUCUAUGCAGCUGAUUGUGGUUCCGGAUGCAAAAAUGGUGGAAGCUGCACCGCACCUAAAAAAUGUAGCUGUAAGAGUGGUUGGACAGGAAACAGAUGUGAAUAUGGUAAAAGUUGUUGCCGGGGCUUUGAUGGAGCAAUUGUCAGAGCAUGCGUAUUUCGAUCGCUGAGUGCGUGGGUUUGAUUUCGCCGCGGACACAUAAUACUUAUCUGAAAAAAAAUAUUCAACGCUCUACCACAGAGUAGAAAAUAGACCAGAAGUCUCACUGUGCACCUUUUCCUAACAUUUUCGUGUCCGCGUUUUUUGCCUUGCGGAUCACGAAUUUCGCACGCUAGAUGACGUGUGCGACACUUGCUGCGAACAUUACGUCAGCGUUCGUCAGCGUCAUUUUCUCAAAUCAACGGUUUUUCUUGAAAUUUGCAAAACAUGCUGAAAGUGUACGCUGCACAUUCUGCAAUAAUUGUGCAAAUAUUUUAAGCUUUUGUUUUUACGCCGUGUCUUCCUGUUGCGAUAACCCAUUAUUUGGACCUGUGGCAUUUAAAAACAGUUAAAACAGCAGUCAUUAUGAAACAUAUUGAUGGAAAUUGAUGGCGUUGCUCGCGUUUGAUGGCGUCAUGAUUACACUUGCUGACUCGCGCUUGCGCAUAAAAAAUCUCGGACAUUAUUUUGCCCAAGUGAGGCUUCUGGUCUAUUUUCUAUUUUGUGGCUCUACCGAAAGUUAACACGUUCUACGAUAGGGUUGCAUAUUCUAUUUAGCCUAAUUUUUAGAUAAAUGCCUACAUAUCAGCUCAUAUCGUCAAAAACCGGGCAUAAUUUGUUUCCGUCUUGCAGAAUCAAGCUAAUUUAUUAAAAAUAGUCCAGAAAAAUAUCAAUUCUGGAACUAUUGCAGGGGAAUGA